UGAGGAGAUGAAGUUACUCCCUGCAUCUGGCCUCGCUCUCCUCCUCAUCACGGCUUUGAACUUUUCCACUGCAGCCCCCUCCCUAUUUGCAGCCACCCCCAGGACCUCAAGGAACAACUACCACCUCGCACAGGCAUAUCUUGACAAGUAUUACACAAAGAAAGGAGGACACCAGAUUGGUGAGGUGGUUGCACGAGGAAGCAAUUCCAUGGUAAAGAAGAUUAAGGAGCUGCAAGCAUUCUUUGGCCUCCGAGUCACCGGAAAGUUAGACCGGUCCACAAUGGAUGUGAUUAAGAGGCCCCGCUGUGGAGUUCCUGACGUGGCAAACUACCGCCUCUUCCCAGGUGAACCCAAAUGGAAAAAAAACACUUUGACAUACAGAGUAUCCAAAUACACAUCUUCUAUGCCUUCUGCUGAGGUGGACAAAGCAGUAGAGAUGGCCUUACAGGCCUGGAGUAGUGCCGUCCCUCUGAACUUUGUGAGAAUCAACUCAGGAGAAGCUGAUAUUAUGAUAUCUUUUGAAACGGGAGAUCACGGGGAUUCCUACCCAUUCGAUGGGCCUCGAGGGACUUUAGCCCAUGCAUUUGCACCUGGAGAAGGCCUGGGAGGAGAUACACAUUUCGACAAUGCUGAGAAGUGGACUAUGGGAACGAAUGGUUUCAAUUUAUUCACCGUUGCUGCUCAUGAAUUUGGCCACGCACUAGGCUUGGCCCAUUCCACAGACCCCUCAGCACUGAUGUACCCAACUUAUAAGUACCAGCAUCCCUAUGGAUUCCACCUUCCCAAGGAUGACGUCAAAGGGAUCCAGGCAUUGUAUGGGCCUCGGAAAACGUUCCCAGGAAAGCCCACUGUGCCCCAUGUGCCCUCUCAUACUCCGUCCAACCCCGACCUCUGUGACUCCAGCUCGUCCUUUGACGCAGUGACAAUGCUGGGAAAGGAGCUCCUGUUCUUCAAGGACCGGAUUUUCUGGCGUCGGCAGGUUCACCUGAUGGCAGGGAUCCGGCCCAGCACCAUUACCAGCUCCUUCCCCCAGCUUAUGUCCAAUGUGGAUGCAGCUUACGAAGUGGCUGAGAGGGGCACCGCUUACUUCUUUAAAGGCCCCCACUACUGGAUAACAAGAGGAUUCCAAAUGCAAGGUCCUCCUCGAACUAUCUAUGACUUUGGGUUCCCAAGGUACGUGCAGCGAAUAGAUGCUGCCGUCUAUCUCAAGGAUGCUCAGAAGACCCUUUUCUUUGUGGGAGAUGAAUACUACAGCUAUGAUGAACGAAAAAGGAAAAUGGAAAAAGACUAUCCAAAAAAUACUGAAGAGGAAUUCUCAGGAGUAAAUGGCCAAAUAGAUGCUGCUGUGGAAUUGAAUGGCUACAUUUACUUCUUUUCAGGACCAAAAGCAUACAAGUAUGAUACAGAGAAGGAAGAUGUGGUUAGUGUGCUGAAAUCUAGUUCCUGGGUUGGUUGCUAAAUAGAAAAAGGUCUAGUCUUUCCUAAGGAAUGAAGAUGACUGCAAGCAGCUGGUGCCCGGGUCUAAGGACUAAAGCAGAAUGCAGGGUAGGGAUUCUUCCCAUGGCCUUCAAUUCUAAGGGUGUUUUAAAGUUCAUCGAAAAUAAUUAUGCUUCUAAAUUUUUUCAUAGUUGUGGAUUCAUAAUUUUAAUCCAAAUGAGAAAUUCCUAUGUGUCAACAUCACACAAAAUCAAAAACUCUUCAGUUAGACACCCAUUUUUUUUCUAAUAUACUGAAGCAAAUUGAUAAGUUUAGUUUUUAUUUCCAAAAGGAAGCCUACUUGUGAAUUCCCUGACAAGUAUUAUAAUUCUUUUAAUAGAAAAUGUCAUUACCAUACAAAUCAUAAUUAUUCUUUACAAGUAAUGAGUUUUGUGGCCUUAACAUUGUAAUGAUGAAUAUAAAUUUAUCCAUCUAUACUUUAAACAUAUCACAAACAAUAUACUGUGCAAAUUUUGUUUCUCGUUUGUUGGUUUAACUCUAUCAGUACUCACUGGUCUUUGAAGUAGGUUAUGGCAGGAAAAUUUAUCCAAAAUAAUUUUCAUACUAGGUAAGAGAUAAGGACUUUUUAACAAGAAAACUUUUAACAAAAGCCAAUUAAAAUAUUGUAUAAAAACAGUGUCUCAUUUCUUUAUUCAGUUAGUGUUUAUUAGCUUCUAUCAUAUUUUAUUUGACAACAAAUUUUGUGUGCCUAGUAAAAAACUCAAACCUUGAGGUAGUAUUGUGAGUAUACAGACCCAGAAUAAAUAACAGUAAUUCACUCUAUUUCCUGCUUCCUGACAAUAAAAUACCCUCAAUGAAAUUAUCUUUAAACCAUUAAUGAAGAUGCUUCUGAGUAGUUUUCCAUUUAGGGGAGUUCAUCUUUUGUUUUGGUUUUCCUUACUUCAAGCUAGGCUCCCCCCACCCCCCAUCUAGUCAUUAAUACAGAUAAAAAUACAGUGGUCUGUCAUUCUUAAGAUAUUUUCAAAAAUAUUAUUCUCUGGAAUGUAAGGAUUCUAAAACAUGUUAAUGAUUCUAAAAACAGAUGAUAAAAUACAUUUAACAUACUUCAUAGACUGCCUGGAACACCUACAAUGUUUAACAGAUGUUAGUUAUUAUUGUUACCAACAUUUAUUAAAUUUGUUGCAUCCACUCACUAAAGACUUAGUAUUAAGAAGGGAUGGGGCAGUUAUUCGAGGUUACUCUAAGCUUUUCAUUUGGUUUCCAUUAUUGAAGGUGGCCAUUUACAGCCCAAAUGCUGAAAACUUGGCUUGAAGACGAAGUCUAGUAUGCUUGUUUUCCAGUGUCAACUGCCCGUAUAGGGAAAGAAAAGUCACUUUUACAAAAACAGUCAGAUGAGGAGAACUUCUUAAUAUUAAUAAAC